AUGGCGACACAACAGCCUCCUCACGCUACAGGACCCUCCGUCCUCAUCCAAGCUCGCCCUCGUGCCUCCGACCAACGCAGGUACAUCCGCCUGGACCUCCUCACCAUCUCCUCCCUCUUCCACCUCCGACAGCUCGAGGCCGCUCGCAUCCUGGGGAUCUCGCUGACGUCGCUGAAGAGCGCGUGCCGGAGGCUGGGGGUCGAGCGAUGGCCGUACACGCGGGAUGCAACAUCUCCUGACCGCACAGAUCUCUUUGAAACGCCUGCGCGACACGUGACAGGAUCAGAGCCAGACGUCGCCGCACUUGGAGCAUCUCCGAGCGAGCAAGGAUAUGGUUUGCAGCAAGCGAGUGAGAGUAAGAUAGAUAGAGGGUGGAUGGACUGGUAUCUGUCGUUUCCUGUGGAUGAUAAGGCCUCUAGCUGGGACGGCGAAGGAUUUGAGGGCAAUCCCCGCAAGCCCAGUUGGGACGCACACCACAAUGACGCCCACGAUCAAGAUGUGAACGAUCCGUGGAGCAUUGGGCAUGUAAAAUAUUCGUAG